UUUCUCGUUCGGUCUGGGACCUAAUUCACGGUCUCGAUCUCGGCUCUCGAGUCUCAAUAAAUUUUAAUUCCCUCGCAGCACUAAAAUUUUGCCUCCGGUAUACUGCACUACAUCAAAAAAUAUUUUUAUUAAAAUUCCAUCAAACAUGGAGGAAAACAAAAGUUUCUAUAGCCCAAUUUAUUCAACAUACAAUGAAAAAGGGUUUGCUCCUGAACUAUUUUUCAAUGCUCUACCUACUACAUUAGUUUCUAUAUUCAUAAUUAUAUCAAAUUCUAGUCUUUGUUAUAUUAUUAUUAAAUAUAGGUAA